CCAAGAAGUCCUAUCAAAAUCGAUCACCUUAGUUGGGUUUGUCAGAAGCACUCCUUGCAAACCCUCAGGAGAGCCUGCUUCACAAGCUCCAGUAAGCAGGCCCUUCGUCGCCGUGGCGGAGCCAUAAUGGCGACGGCUCCAGAGCCUGUGAUCAUCGUUCCUCCAGCCGCGCCCGUUUCCGAAGGCGAUAAUCGUGCCGAGGACCACGCGCUCCCGCCAGUUCCUCCCGCCACCGCUGCUGAGGGUAUGGGUCCCUUGAUGCCGGUGGUGAGCGGCGACGGCAGCCGAGGCCCAUACCCUAACGUAAACGGAGACGGAAACCUAGUCGGAGACGGAGGGAUGGACGGAAUCGGCGGAACGGCGGCUUUGGAGGAAGGUGCUGCGGGGUUGGACCAGAGCGUGGCGACGCCGAUGAGCGCGCGGAAGCGCGCGAAGCGGGCGGAGGUGUUCGUGGGGGGGCUGGACAAGGGCGCCACGGAGGACGACGUGAAGCGCGUGUUCGGGCGCGCGGGGCAGAUCGCGCACGUGCGCCUGCCGCGGGACGCCGCCACGGGGCGCAACAAGGGCUACUGCUUCGUGCAGUACGCCUCCGACGCCGCUGCGCGCCGAGCGGCCGCCGAACUGGACCGCAUACUGGUGCGGGGGAGGCCGGUGGGCGUGCUGGGCGGCGAGCAGGAGGACACGCUCUUCAUCGGGAACAUCAACAAGACGUGGUCCAAGGACAAGAUAGAGGAGGCGUUGGCGGGGUACGGCGUGGGGCCGUACGAGGCGCUGACGUUCAUGGCGGAUCCGCAGCACGCGGGGCACAACCGCGGCUUCGCCUUCCUCGAGUUCGCCUCGCACCGCCAAGCCGCCGCCGCGACAAUGCGCCUGCAGCAGCCGGGCGUAUCACUGGGCGUGGACCGCCCUCCCCGCGUGGCGUGGGCCGACCCCCUCAACGAGCCCGACCAGCACGUCAUGGCGCAGGUGAAGAGCAUAUUUGUGGACGGCAUGCCGCCGUCGUGGGACGAGCCGCGGGCGGCGGGGUUCUUUGGGCGAUACGGGGAGAUAGAGCGCGUGGUGCUGGCGCGCAACCUGCCGUCCGCCCGGCGCCAUGACUACGGCUUCAUCAACUACUCCUCCCGCGAGGCGGCUCUCGCUGCCAUCGCCGCACUCAACGGCUCGCAAGUCGUCGACGGGCAGUAUCAGAUGAAGAUGCGUGUGACUCUGGCCAAGCCUCAGGACCGCAAGCCUCGCGCCCCCGCUUCUAGGGGGGACCAGGGGGGCAGGCUGGGGGGAGCGGGUGUGGGCGCGCAGGAGGGAGGCUCAGCAGGGAGUGCAGCGGCAGCUGUGGAGGCAGCUCUGGCCAACGAAUCCACGGGAGGAGGGGAAGGAGGGAAGGAGGGAGAGGGAGGAGGAGGCGGGGAGGCAGUAACGGGAGUGACAGCGAGUGUGGUGGAGAGGGAGAGGGAGGGGGGCAAGAACAGUGUGGGUGUGAACCGGUUUGAGUGUGCAGUCUGUGUGUUUGGGUCGGACGAUGAGGGCGAGUACCUGGCGCACCAGCUGUCACGCGCGCACGCCAUCGUGAGCACGUUCCGCCACGACCUCAAGCUGGCCAACAAGACGCCGCUCAGCGUGCUCAACGAGUUCGCCAUGCGCAACAAAAUCGCGGUGGAGUACGACCUCAAGGGCGACCCCGCGGGGCCCUUUGACGCCUCAGCAGCUCUGGGUGGUGGCCCCAACGCCAUCCCAUGGGUGCGCGGUGAGGCGCGUGCAGGCAUGAAGCUGCGUGCGAAGCAGAUGGCGGCGGGCGCGGCGGUGGAGAGCCUGCUGCUGGCGGGCGUGGCGGAGACCGAGUUCACGCGCCCGGGGCAGGCCAGGCUCAAGCAGAUGGGGCGCAAGGGGGCAGCUGGGGGGCGAGGGGCGCCUGCAGGGGUGCACGGGGGCGGGCGAGGGGCGUAUGGGGUCCGCGGGGGGGGGGACAGGGGACGAGGAGAGGAUAGGGCUGGUGGGGGUUAUGGGGGGUGGUCGUCAGGUGGAGGGGGGGGGGGAGGAGGAUUAGGUGGGUAUGGUGCCUUGGGCGUGUAUGGCGGAGGGACGGUUGGGACUGGAUUGGGGGAGGUGGCUACAGGGGAGAGUUACGCAGAGAGGCUGGGUCGCAUCCAGGGGAGGCAUUAUGUGAUGCGGACUGCACUGCCGGCUGCAGCGGCUGCUAUGGCGCCUCUGGCACCUCCUGCUGCAGGCAUGGGCGCGGGGGCAGGGGGGUAUGGUGCACCCAGUGCUGCCUAUACUGGCCCUGGGGCUGCCGGGGCUGCAUACGGGGGGCAGUAUGGUGGGGGGCAGUACAGUGCGGUGCAGUACGGUGGAGCGCAGUUUGGUGGGACGCAGUAUGUGGGAAGCAAGUAUGAGGGGUCGCAGUACAGUGCGGUGCAGUAUGGUGGGUCGCAGCACGAGGGGCAGUAUGGGCGGGCAGAGGGAGUUCUGAGUGGAGUGAAGCGACCAUACCCUGCACCUGAAGCUGCUGAUGCUUAUGCCGCCCAGCGUGCUCGCAGCGACCCCUCCGCCUCCUCCACGCGUACCUACUCCAUCCCACUGCCAGCGCCCCUCUACAGCGCCCCACCGCCCCCACAUCCCUACAGCACCCCACCGCCCUCUCAUGGCUACGGCACCCCAGCGCCCGCACAUCCCUACACCCAUCCACCUCCCCCACAUGCACCCACCGCCAACCUGCCUCCCACCUAUCCCUCCGCACACACCUACCCCUCUUCUUACUCCUACCCAUUUGCCAACACUGCCCCAUACGCUGCUGGUGGUGUUUCAGCAGCACCAGCGCCACCACCGGCACUCCCGCCCCACUACCAGCAACCGCACCAGCAGCCACAGCAGGGGGGUGGCCCUGCUGCUGCUGCUGGCAGUGGCAGCACCACUGCAGCUGCUGAGCGCGCGCACACACACGCUCAGUACUACUCAACCCAGCAGACCCAGCAGCCAUACUCGCAGCAGCAGCAGCCACCACCGAAGCCAUACCAGCCGCCGUAUCAGCAGCCACAGCAGCAGCCACACGAGCAGAAGCCACAGCAGCCUCAGCAGCAGCAGCAGCAGCAGCAGCAGCCACAGCAACAGCAGCAGGCAGCAGCAGGGGGGGCCGAGAGAGGUGGCGGUGCGGGGGGAGGCGGGCACCAGCAGCAGGGAGCAGCAGGGGAGCGGGGAGGACGGGAAGGUUAUGGCGGAGUGGCUGUGCCCCCCAGCAGCAGCGGUGGAGGGGGCUAUGGGGCCGCGUAUGGGGGCGUGUACGGUGGGCUCUAUCCCCCCCACACCCAUGCUGCCACCACUGCCGCCAGCCCACCUGCUCCUGCCGCCCAUUCCGCAGCCGCACCGCCCGCCCAGUCACGGGCGCACACGUCUGCUGGGCAGUCCCCUGCGCCUGCAGGUGGGGCAGGCAGUGCAGGAGGAGCGGGAGGAGUGGGAGGAGCAGGGAGUGCAGCGGGCACAGGCAGUGCGACGGGGACGAGUGCGUACGGGCAGUAUGCGUCCGUGCCCACCACCUACUACUGACCCCUGCACUGCCAACCCAGUCGGCUACUCGCACACAACAGCUGUCACGCGCGUGUCUCGACUGGACAAGAGUCGGUUCGGGCUUCACGAGCCCAAACCCUCGUGCAAACGCGAAAAGAAACCCAAGUGAAUGGCGAGGCUGAAAGUGAAUUCGAAAGCUCAGUCGUCAAGCAGCCUGCUUGCCUGUCAAGCAGUGCACUGCUGCUGGUGCCAGCACCCCAACCUAAAGCACCGUUGCUGGCAAGCAGUGGUGUUUCCUGUCUAGAGCGUGGCACAGUAGCUGGGGUCUGAGAGGCAGACCGCAGCAUGUGGCUUGCCAUGGAUGCUUGUUGCGCUCACUCAUUCUGGAAACUUGGAUCGAAGCCGGCAGACUUCUGCUGCUGUUCUCUCCAGGGCAUCCUGGGAAGAACUGUUUCGCGUGCGUGCAUCUUUUUUUUUGUUCUUACGCAGUUUCAACUCUCUCAAAAUUGUGGUGCUGUAGGCCCCCCUUGUCACUGUACAACCUACAAAUGUGCUGCAUACUAUCUGCAACACAUAGACAUGUAGGCUUGACAUGACAUGGCAUCUCCGAAUGCAUGGAUUGCUUGACACGUCAUCAUGCAUAUAAGAAACCAAUUAUAGCCACGGCAGCAAGUGGCUCUUUACUCACGCUUAGGAAGAACUAUGGAAGUACUGUAGCUGGAUUGUGCAUGGUUAAGGGCUGCUGUUGGCAGAUGUUGUUAGAAUACGAGAAUGUAUUACUAGGUGGAGAUUACAGCACAUAUAGCAGUUGGGGUUGUACUCACUAGGAACACACAUCUACACUAGCCUAUAACUUCUACAUGCAACACAUGUAUAAGUUGACACACCCCCUAGGCUAGAGAAGGGGUGGUGCUAAGUAGUAAGCACACAGUUCAGGGCGGCACCAGUGCUGAUCUUUGGAUUUUCGCUACUCUGAAUUCUGGUAGUGAUUUUUAUCGGAACUCUGAAAAUCAGGGUGACCUCUAACAUUUUCCCUGAAUGGUCAGAGUAACCCAGUAUUUCUAAAAAUUUUACUCUGCCAAGUAUGUUCUCUUGUAGACGCCCGCAAAUGCAUGGGUCAUGUCACGUGUCUAAUUGCCUAGUUCAUACAUGAUCACACGCCAUUUUGAGGGAGCUAGGGCCAGCAUGGGCCGUGUGAAAGAAAGGUGUCUUAGAAACUUAGGACUAAAGGUUCUUAAACUUAGGAGGCUAGGUUGGCUAGGAUACUAGGAAGAAGACCGCCAUGGAAUGGCGUGAGGAAAAACGGAUCUAGGAGGUGAGAGGAUGUCGAGAAGAAAGGAAGUUGGAUUAG